AUGGCUCCAUCUCAGCGGAAGAACGCGCAGUCUGUCGCUGCUGAGAUAUCCCUUGUACAUCUUAAAAACUGUCUCGUGAAUCUCCCGACCUCGCUAGUCAAUCUACUUGUAACUGUCAAUACUCCUGCCCAAAAUGUUGUUGUCGAACUCAACUAUCGCGUCCCAUUGCCUGCGAAUGGUUCCCCCCAAACCAAUGGCUCCUCGUCACAAAGAUCGCUCUAUGUCGGAUGGACGGGAAUGCCUAGCAAACGCAAGAUAGCAUCUAUAGUAGAUCGCGAUGGUAUAAUUGGUACACGUGGUAGUGGAAGAGAUCAGGAGGUAGCUUCCGUCGAGAUUGACGCUACCUUGGCUCGUACUCUUGGAUUGCCAGACGGUCAGAAGGUUACGGCCAUAAUACAUGUCGAUCCUCCUUUGGCGCAUACGGUAAAUAUCGAACCGCUGACGCCUGAAGACUGGGAGAUCAUCGAGUUACACGCGACCUUUUUAGAAUUAAAUCUACUAUCACAAAUCCGCGCGCUCCCGAAUCCAGCGUACACCGCCUUACCGGGUCAGCCUCCCAGCACACAUCCCUUGACUCUCCAUCUCUCGCCCACAUCUACAGCCAAUAUAAAGAUUUUGUCCCUCGAACCGGCUCCCUCAGCAGAUGUUCCGUUUGUGAAAAUUGCACCCGACGCCGAAGUCAUCGUUGCGCCAAAGACGCGAUCUAAACCAUCUAAAAGCACACGGGAAGACCGUAGUGUAGGUAGCACGUCAAGGAGAAGCGCGAAGAGUUCGGCUAGUACAGUGCGUAGGAAGAGUGCUCGAGAAGAGAAGAAGCCAAGCUUAUUUUUAAGAGGAAUCGACCGGAAACUUUGCGACGAAUGGUUUGACGAAGAAUCAGCGCCGCUGGACUUGAGCGUAUGGGUUGAUCGCGAUCUUCUACUAUCAAAGGAAUUUCGCGGCGUAACGUGGGCUGCUGUAAAUAUUGUUAAACCAGCUGGGCUUCAACCUCCUCUUGACCCCCAAAAGCAGCAAGAAAAUGCAACGAAUGGCGAGACUACGAAAGCGACCGAGAAGGUCGUUGCCCAAUUACGUCCGUGGGAUGAUCCCCCGACGACCCAGACCAUUGCUCUCUCUACCCCUCUAUGCGCAAUGCUCGGCUGUUUAGGGAUCGUUGGAGGAAUCGCAAAGAUUGAACCGGCACCGGCGCCAUUAUCGCGUAAUGCGAUACAAAAAUUGAAAGUCUCUCCUUUUUCAAUUGAAGAUCUUAGAACCUCAGAUGGCUUGAAAUUUGGUGGAGAGUCGAAAGUUGAAAAAGAGGAAGCAUCCAGAAGGAUAUUUAAUAUUUAUGGUCAAAAGGGCAAAGUCAAUGGGUUAUUGCACGGCCCUUUAACCGACGGUAUGGUAUUACCAGUAUACGACACCCUUGAGUUAUCACACGGCUGGGAGGGUGGCAUUGUGAAGUUUGAAGGCGCAAAUCUGGAUUCCAAUUCCAAGGAUCAUUUGAAUUGGUACCUGGGGUCUGAAAAACCUGUGCCGAUUGAGGUACAAACACCAGCUCCUCGCCCAACUUGGUUAGUAGACGAUGAGAUAAACGAGCAAAAACCUUCAGGCGACUCAGUUCUAGUUGGAAUCGACUCACUCCUAACCGAUUUGAAAUCCCACCUCUCACAUAUGUCGUCUGUCCUCCUAAGCGGUGCUUUGGGAGCAGGCAAGACAGCUAUAGUUCAGUCCCUUGCUCGGACACUGCAAGAGGAAUUUCUAUUCCACACAACUUACUUUCCAUGUAGAAAGCUUGUCAAUGAUGAAAGCAGAAUUUCCACGAUCAAGGAAACGUUAAAUAGAAUAUUCAUGGGUGCUAGCUGGGGCGCAAGACUCGGUGGGAAAGCGCUUGUCAUACUCGACGACCUGGAUAAAUUGUGCCCGGUAGAGACCGAGCUGCAAGUGGGAAAUGAUAACAGCCGAAGUAGGCAGGUCAGUGAGACUAUCAGCUCAAUUGUGCGCCAGUACUGUGGACGCGACAGGGGUGUUGUUCUCCUAGCUACCGCCCAAGGCAAAGAGUCGCUCAACAACGUAAUCAUCGGAGGUCACGUCGUCCGGGAAAUCGUCGAGUUAAAAGCGCCGGAUAAAGACGCCCGAAGAAAAGUGUUAGAAACGAUUGUGAAACAGCAAACCGUGGCUCCGGAAUCUUUAAAGGCGCCCGACUCGUGCGGUAGUCGUCCUACUACCGCCAAUGGGAGUGUGGGUGGUGAUGAUGCUGGCACAUGGAUGGAUGGUGCGGAUCAGCGUAGCCGUGGCAAUUCUGUUUCUACAAAUACGAAGUUAGAUGGUUUCCUUUUAGACCCAGAAUUGGAUUUCCUCGACCUUGCCGGGGAGACCGAUGGCUACAUGCCGGGAGAUCUAAUUCUUCUCGUGUCUCGAGCUCGUAACGAAGCUUUGAUACGGUCUGUUAGUGAGGAGCCUUUAAAUGAAUCACUAGACAUCGUUCAACUCAGUCGCACCGAUUUCGAUAACGCCCUCAAAGGGUUCACGCCGGCAUCUCUCCGGAAUGUUCCGCUGCAGACGUCGACAACUACCUUCGACUCAAUUGGUGGCUUAAAGGAGACGCGACAGAUCUUACUCGAGACAUUGCAAUAUCCAACAAAAUACGCGCCGAUAUUUGCGCAAUGCCCUUUGAGGUUACGUUCCGGAUUACUAUUAUACGGUUUCCCUGGCUGCGGUAAAACUCUUCUCGCAAGCGCAGUGGCAGGCGAGUGCGGGCUCAAUUUCAUAUCCGUGAAGGGACCUGAAAUAUUAAAUAAGUACAUUGGAGCCAGCGAGAAAAGCGUUCGCGAUCUUUUUGAACGCGCUUCUGCUGCAAAGCCGUGUGUGCUUUUCUUCGAUGAAUUCGACUCGAUCGCACCCAAACGAGGGCAUGACUCGACAGGCGUUACAGAUCGAGUAGUCAAUCAGCUUUUGACCCAAAUGGACGGCGCGGAAGGGUUAUCUGGUGUGUACGUCUUAGCCGCAACAUCGCGGCCGGAUCUAAUCGAUCCCGCCCUGCUUCGUCCGGGACGGUUAGACAAGAGCUUGCUAUGCGGCUUUCCGACUGUAGAAGACCGUGCCGAUAUCCUACAGGCUCUGAGCAAGAAAAUUAAGCUUAGCAAAGAGUUGGUAGCGUCUGAAGAGAGUUUCCUUGAACUCGCGAAGCGUACAGAAGGGUUUUCUGGUGCUGAUUUACAGGCGCUUAUCUCGAACGCUCAACUGGAAGCCAUUCACGACGUGCUUAAAGACAUCGACGUACAACCUUCGGGCGACAAACGUAACGGUGUUGACCCACGAGCCAAAGCAAGCACAGCCGUGAGCAAUCGGAAUUUUGUCCAAUUUCGCUACGGCAUCGAGGCGGCCCUAGCCGAAGCAGAGGAAAAGACGAAGAAAGGAUAUAACAAAUCGUCCCAGCUAGCCGAGAAUGCUGCUAUAGCAGCUAAACUAUCAGAAAUAAAAGCAGCAAGGAAACAGACAAAGCUGGGUCAGAAGAGGGUAAACCAUACUACAGGAGAUAGCGGUGAGAAGGGGAAAGAAGGAAGUAGUACGGAGGUUCUUAUUGGAUGGAGGCACGUAGUAAAAGCGUUGGAAUCUACUAGGGCUAGCAUCAGUCCUCAAGAGAGAAACCGACUAGAACGAAUCUAUAGGGAAUUCGUAGUCGGACGCAGCGGUGAGAUGCGGGAUGGUCAAGGAAGCAUGGAGAUUGGCGGGCGAAGCAGCCUCAUGUAG